GUCAGCGCAUGGCCAGGACGCUCUUUCUUCGCCUCGUGUAGCGGGGGUCUGACGUCACUUCCUCUCGGAGACGGUAUUCUAGUAAUUCGGGCUUCAGGCAGUGCAGACAGGAUGCCUAAAUCAAAGGAACUAGUUUCUUCAAGCUCAUCUGGAAGUGAUUCUGAUAGUGAGGUUGACCUAAAGGCAAAGAGAAAAAAGCAGCCGCCCCCACCAGAGAAGGAAAAGCCAGCAAAGAAGCAGAAGUCCGGAGAGAGCUCCAAAGGCUCUGCCUCCACUAAACAGAGCAGUAGCAGCCAGGAGGAUAACAUGUUCCAGAUUGGAAAAAUGCGGUACGUUUCUGUUCGUGAGUUCAAGGGGAAAGUUCUGAUUGACGUCAGAGAAUAUUUUAUGGACAACCAAGGAGAAAUGAAGCCUGGAAGGAAAGGUAUCUCUUUGAACCCUGAGCAAUGGAACCAGCUGAAGGAACAGAUGUCGGACAUUGACGAUGCAAUAAGAAAACUGUAACCCUCCAUCCACUGGCAGAGAAGCCUCCUUGUUCUAGUUUUAAGCACUCUUUUUACAUUUGCAACUUUGUUUUCUACUAUGUUUUACAAAUUAUUAUUCUUUUGGAUUGCAACAUGAUUUGUAUGAUGACGCAUUUUUAUGUGCAUUAAAACAAGGCAAAUUUGAAA